AUGUUGAAAACUCUCACUUCUAGAUCGAUAACCUAUAAGGGGGUUCCUGCUAUCGCUAAAAGAAUCCUCCCAUUCCGCUCAUUAACUCACAAUUUUCAUCAACCAGAUGUUGCCGGAUCCGCUGAACCGGCUCAAGCGGCCGAUGCAGCAGCUACAAUUCUUGCUGAUUUACGUGACAAACAAACUAAUCCAAACAAAGCUACUUGGAUAGCAGCUUUAAAGGAACGAGAAAAGCAAUUGGCCGAAGGUAAAGUGAUAGAUUCCUUUGCUUACGUCGACCCUAAAACCACAGUCAUUGGUGAAAAAACUAGAGCCGACUCCUUUUCAUACUUGACAUUGCCUUUCAAACAAGAUGAAUGGCUUUGUGAUGCUUAUAUCAAUGCUUUUGGUAGAUUACGUGCCGGUCAAUUGUUUCAAGAUUUAGACGCCCUUGCUGGUAGAAUUGCUUAUCGUCACUGUGCACCAGCCGAACCAGUGAAUGUCACUGCCAGUGUUGAUAGAAUUUACAUGGUCAAGAAGGUUGAUGAAAUUGUCAAUUAUAAUUUCGUUCUUGCUGGGUUUGUAUCAUGGACUGGUAGAUCCUCCAUGGAAAUCACUGUACGUGGUUAUGCCUUUGAAGAUGAAUUACCAGAAACUAUCAACCACGAUACUUUACCUAUGGAUAAUGUGUUUUUAACUGCAAACUUCACCUUUGUUGCUCGUAACCCAAUUACUCAUAAAUCAUUUGCCAUUAACAGAUUACUCCCAGUUACUGAACAAGAUUGGAUUGAUUAUAGAAGAGCUGAAUCUCAUAAUGCCAAAAAGAAACUUUCAGCCAAGAACCCAACCAUGAUUGCCCCAACCCCUGAAGAAUCAAACGUUAUUUAUCACAUGUGGAAAUCAUCUGCCAACUUACCCGAACCUUUACAAACGGGAAUUUCCUACAUGAAGGAUACACGUAUGAGUUCAACCUUAUUCAUGCAACCACAAUACAGAAACCGUCAUUCAUAUAUGAUUUUUGGUGGUUACUUACUUCGUCAAACAUUUGAACUUGCUUAUUGUACCGCUGCAUCAUUCUCAUCGGCCGGACCAAGAUUUGUCUCUUUAGAUUCCACCACUUUCAAAGCUCCAGUUCCAGUAGGAUCCGUCUGUUCUAUGGUUGCCUCUGUAUCUUAUACUGAACAUCUUCAUGAUGAUACCACCUCUCAUGAACAAGAUUCACCAUUUGAUUUCAAGCUUCCAUCAACCAACAAGAUCAGUUCUAAUCCAGACGCGUUUCUUUCUGAACCAGGUACUUUAAUUCAAGUUAAAGUUGACACAUUUAUUCAGCAUUUGGAAUCACAAAACAAGAAAGAAGCAGGUACUUUUAUUUACUCUUUCUUUGUUCCUCACGAAGACAAACAAGGAUUCUGUUCAGUUAUUCCUCAAACUUAUUCAGAAAUGAUGGCUUAUAUUGGUGGUAGAAGAAGAGCUCAAGAUACUGCCGGUUACGUCGAGACUUUGCCAAAGCCAAACAAAAAGGAUUAA